AUGAAAAGCAAAUUCCAGGCGUACGCUCAACCUUACUCAAGAACCCCUUCUGAAACCCUCGAUGGUGUCGUGUCAGAGGAAAAAGAUCGAAAUUUAGAAGUCUCCAAUAAAGAUAUGAUUUCCGAAACUACUAAUAACAUUUCUAUCCCUUCAAAUCCUAUUAAGCAUGAAUACACAUUUUCACCUGGCAUACCCCAUGUCGAACAUGAUGACAUGGGCAGCUUCGGGUCUUUGUGGGCAUCAUCGCCAACUGACAAGAUUGAAAAAAUAGGGCUUGGUAAUGCCAGCUGUAAAGCAAACUACGGACUAAGCUCUCUUCUUAACACUAGUGGUGGUGGCAAUUACUACAAUGCUCAUUCUUCGACAACUAGAAAUGCGCUGCCAUACAACAUGACCUUCGGAUCGUUUAAUUUCAGUACAUCGAUGCUCUCACAGAGCAUCAACAGCAAUUCUUAUCAAACCGUGUCCUCUGAUACUGCAGGAAACUACAUGAGAUCGCCGUAUGUGUUGAAUGUCGUCAAAAAAAUGGAGUCCAAAGACCGAAAUUUUGAUGGCGAAAAAGUCAUCCACACGUCUCAGGUCAAGUUUCCUGAUUCGCGGAAUCCAAUUUCGACGAAUACGCCGAUCGAUGUACCCGAUCUUCUAAUCCAAUCUCCCUCCGACUGUCCAUUUCCAGUCUCGUUUAGGAGCAAAAAGUUCAUGGAGCAGCGCACGUUUAGCGGAAUCGAACCAGUUGGGGACGCCGAAAGCAGUGUGCCUGAUUUGGCCGAUUUGGACUAUUUUUCCGACAAGAACAAACACCCGCCCCAGACGGGAUCUGUAAAAACGAUAUUACUCAGCAUCUCCGAAGCGACGGCGCGUGAGAAUGCCUUGCAAGGCAGCCCCGCCGAGAAGGAUGGAUCCGUCAGCUAUGGCAAUCGGAAGUCCUUUGCGGUUCCCAGCCAGCAGCGGACAAAACCCACCACGGUGAGCUUUGCCGAGCGGGAGUUGGAGGAUACGGUGGGGUUAAAAAGCUCCCCGAGCGCCUUUUCCUCCUCGUUUAAAUCCUUCGUGAAGCCGCACCAGUACCGACGGCGGUACAGCCUAAAUUCGGACGGCACGAUUGAGGGCGCCGGGGGGCCCGGAGCUGGGGGGGAUUCUGGCCCGGUAAAAGGCAUGAUUAGCUUUCGCCAUCAGGGCUCGCUUUACAGCUGGCGGAAUCCCGAAAAAAGUGUGGAGAACGACUCCUACAGCUACGGCUACACCACCUUAAGUAAUGACGACAUGCAGUCCUUCAGCACCCGCCCGGCCCUCCCGAACAGCCUGAGUUAUGUCGACAUCAGCAAAGUGGCGAGCGCGAGUACGACGCUCUCCGACUUCGCCAUCCCCGACGACGACGAGGGGGAGGAGGAGGAAGGGGAAGGGGAGGAUGCGAGCGUCGGCAGCGCGGCGGGGGUCUCGUCCACCUGCAUGACAGAUCGCCUGCAGAAGUGGAAAACCAAGUCGGGCCUCCGCUUCGUGAAUCAAUACCAGGUCCUGGAGGAUCUCGGGCAUGGGACCUGUGCGCGGGUGAAGCUCGCGUACGACACCGUCCAUUCGCGCCUGGUCGCGCUAAAGGAGGUCCUCCGCGCGGAUCCGAAACGCCGGCUCGGCGGCCCAACGCAGGCGCAGCUCCAUCACGAGUCUUUUGUCCGCGAAGUCGCCGUGAUGCGGCGUCUACGGCAUAAAAACAUCGUCCGCCUUUACGAGGUGAUCGAGGACCCGAACGCGGAUGAGCUUUAUUUGGUAAUGCAAUACGUCGAUAAAGGUGUGGUGGCGGACAUCCAGCUCAACGAUGACUCCGAUAAAGUCUGCGAGCCGAUGGCCCCUUCACGGGUGGGGCAGAUAGGGCGCCAGGUCCUGGCGGGGUUGGAGUAUUUGCACCACCGUAACGUCGUUCACCGCGAUAUUAAGCCGCAAAACAUCCUUAUUGAUAGUAAUAGUGUGUCUUACCUUUCCGACUUUGGUCUCGCCGAGGUUUUCGAUAGGCAAUACAUUCAGCGAAUGCACCAAAUGAUGGAGCAAAGUAUGAGCCAGAACAGAGAUCAAAUUAUCACCGAAGCGUCCGACCGGGUGCAGAAAAUUUGGGGCGUGAAGGGGACCGUCUUGUUUAUUGCGCCGGAGGUCUGGAAAGGGAGUAGUACAAACGGGAAGCCAAUGGAUAUAUGGGCGAUGGGGGUGACAUUGUUUAGCCUGCUCACAGGGCGGCUUCCGUUCACAACGAUCGAGGCCGUCAAGGACCCCACUAGACUCGCGAUCCCGACCGAGUACGGGGCGGGCUGGACGAAGUUGUUGAAGGGGAUGCUAGAGCACGAUCCCAUAAAACGUCUGACGGUCUCACAGGCCCGUUUUCAACUCAAGAAAAUUAUCCGAAUACAAACCGAGCAGGAUUCAAUCAAAUCCAUCGUGAUCACCGACCAUACUCUCAAACCGCCACAUCCGAGCAACCCUGCGAAAACGGCUGAGGACGAUAACCCAAUAAACGAUCUUGAUUCGCCAAAGAAAUUUGCCCUCACCCCAUCUCCCGUAUUGGAAGCGGUAAAAUCGGCCCCGUUAGCGCCGCAGAAGCCACCGCUUGAGGAUUUAUUGCCCAUUAAACUGUCUUUGGGGACGCCCCCGGUUAAAUUGAUGCCCCCGACCGACCGAAGUGCGGCCCUCCGGCGCGGCUGCCAACGAUGCCAGUGGAUGUCCUUCUGCAAUAUCCGCUCCAGCUCUCCACGAUUGACAUACGGGAGUUCCACGAAAUCCUCCACAGCUUUGGUGGAAGGUAUUGAGGCUUCAGGGAAACAAAUUGUUCAUUUAAGCGUGGUGGACGAAACCAACGAGGUCCCAAAGAACGCAAACGAUGGAGGCGCCGAGUCUAAAGCCACCGAGACGUCCGCGAACUCGCUCAAACAGAUCUACACGUUCCCUCGAGCGGGCGGCUCGAUGCACCUUCCCGAGAUGCAGGGAAAAUCUUUCAAAGUCCGAAGACACACCACUCGAUUCAUAGGCCAUUUAUCGAGUUCUCUAGCUAAAAUUGCUGCGUUAAAUGAGUCUCAGAAACAACCGAGCACUUUGGCCUCUCAGAAUUCCCGCACACCUCAACUGCCCCCUUUAGCCAAUUUGCUUUCUACGUCCUCGGCGAAAGCUUCUUCGGAAAGAGUCAAAUCUGUGUCUUCACUUACCAACCAUCCUACAUAUCCACUAAAAAAAGAUGCCACAGGAAAGUACUAA